AUGCCCGUUCGAAUUCCAACGAUCCCCAUCUCAAUCCCGACCCCGACGAUGACGAUCCCUCACCCCGGCGAUUCAAAGGUGGGAAUCAAUCCGAAACGAUUCUGCGUGGAGGCCCGGGACAAGACGUUGGACUCCCCCACCUCUACGAGAAGCCCAUCGGAGUCGUCCAGCGAGGACUCUUCCUCCACUUCUUCCACCACCUCCUAUGAGGGAACGCAGGGAUCGAGCGAGACGAACUCGAGAUCGGUUGAAUCCGCCUCGGAUGUCGCCAGCGAGCCGACACUUUUUCAAUUGGCCAAAGAUGAGGGACUGCUGAACGAGGAUUUACCUUUGCUGGAUGAUGUCGAGGAGACAACGGAACCCAUCUUACCCCCACGCCCACCCGUUAUUCGGAAUUUCCCAUCCGACCUUGAAAAAGGAAUCGAACGCUACAAGGAACGACUGAAUCGGGAGUUAAAUGCCAUCGCGAUCAAAGAUGACAAUAAAACUGUGUCUCUUGGGACCAGCAAAGUGAACUAUAUAGACCCUCGUAUUAUUUGUUCAUGGGCUAAGGAGCAAAAUGUUCCUAUUAAUAAAAUAUUUUCUGCCACCUUACAGAAAAAGUUUUCAUGGGCUCUGGACGCACAAGGGUUUAACUUCUAA